UCGGCUUGUCGUUCGCACUGAAAUUCCAAAUUUUAAUUCAUUUGUUGUGUCACAUAUUGACCACUAUCGCGAAUUUAAUUAGCAUUAAUCGUUGCCCAUGUUUUAAUUUUUUGACCGAUUUUACGAGAAGGUAAACAAAGACAGCUAGACUUUUUUCGAGUGAAGGAGAGGACUUGGUCAAUUGACAAAGCUGACAAUUCUGUAUCAUGUCGUCGUCGUCACACAAUGUUGUCGUUUGUGGUGCAAAGCAAGGACCUGUCGCCAAUCUUGAACCGUUACCACCUGCUGUGCCUGUCAUUUCUGGUCGCAGUAGUGGUGGUUCCUCCUGCUUGAUGAAUAUUGCGGCUAUCAGUAUUUCUGCGGAUGAAGAACGACCACGUCCCCCCAAUCCUGGCAAAUGGUACUUUACUAAGGCUCAGAUCAAUGAUACCCCGUCGCGUAGGCUUGGAAUGAGUUGGAAAACAGAAAUUGAACUUCGACAAGGAGGCGCUUGUUUUAUUCAGAAGUUGGGGAAUAAAUUACAAGUGAAUCAAAUUUGCAACGAUACUGCAAUAGUCUUCAUGCACAGAUUCUACAUGUGCCACCCAUUUGAACAUUUUCCUGUGGAGUCCAUCUCUAUUGCGACCAUCUUCGUGGCGGCCAAGUUGGAAGAACAACCCCGUAAAAUGGAACAUGUUAUCAAAGUCGCUCACAGUAUUCUACUCAAUAAAGGAUCGGUGGUCACCCAAACGGCAGAGACGUAUCGCAAAAUGUGCGAAGACCUUUGCACAAAUGAAAAUAUCAUCUUGAUGACUCUCGGGUUCGAUUUUACAGUUGACCAUGCCCGCACACAUGUCAUCCAAGCAUGUAAACUUGUUCGAGGUUGGACACAUAAUAUCUCGAGUAAGGAGUUGGGUACAGCUUCGUUCUCUUUGGUGACAAAAUUACUACUCAUGACCACCAUGUGCGUUCAAUAUCGCCCCACGCUUAUCGCAGCAUUGGCAAUUUACGUUGCAUGCAAAUGGUCAGGGUGGCAGAUAUCUCGCUCCAAGGAGGGGCGAGACUGGUGGUUAUAUAUUGACCCAAGAUGUACGCAGCCCGAUUUGGAGAAACUAACACACGAAUUUUUGCACGUUUAUGACCGAGUUUCACCCGUCAUGCGACAAAGGGUUGAGAACCUUACGCAAAUUUGUAAGAGCGAGGGCGACUCACCCAACCAAAAUAGUCAAAGGAGUGAGUCUGGUAGUAGUCAAAAUAGUCAAGGACGAAAGAGAACCGCUUUGGCUGCAUGUUUGGUUAACCCUCCAUCCGAGCCCUUAGGAAAAAGUGCAUCGGUCGCUACUUCUUCAUUUACAUCCGCAGCUUCUUACAAUUUCAAUAAAUAGUUAAUAAAUUUCGACAUGCACGCUUA